UUCGCUUCAAUCGUACUUCUCUCCUUUAACUGUUUAGUCAUGGAGAUGAAGGUCGUUCUGGUCACUGGUGGAGCCGGUUACAUUGGCUCCCACACCGUUCUCCAGCUCUUGCUCGCCGGUUUUAAGGUCGUCGUCGUCGACAAUCUUAAUAAUUCUUCUGCGGUUGCUAUGCACAGAGUCAGGGAGCUCGCCGGCGAAUUCGGGAGUAAUCUUUCCGUCAACAUGGUAGAUCUUCGGGACAGAGCUGCACUCGAAGAAAUUUUUGCUUCCACACAAUUUGAUGCUGUCAUACAUUUUGCUGGGUUAAAAGCCGUAGGUGAAAGUGUGCAAAAACCAUUGCUUUAUUACAACAACAACUUGAUUGGAACGAUCACCCUCUUGGAAGUCAUGGCUGCCCAUGAAUGCAAGAAGCUUUUGUUCUCAUCUUCAGCAACUGUAUAUGGUUGGCCUAAGCAGGUUCCAUGUACAGAAGAGUCUCCACUAUCUGCAUUGAACCCAUAUGGACGAACCAAGGUACAAAUAGAAUGUUGUUCCUGGUAUUUUUGCUGUAGUAUUGACAAUGGCUUCUUGGCCUUGCACACCAUGUCUCUGAUUUGGUGA